UAAAUGGUAACACCCCAAUAAGUUUUUCACCUUGUUUAAGUUCAUGGUCAAAUUCAUGGCGGAUGCUUCCUUUCGUCGUCGGGGACAUUAUUCUUUCAAGCACCUGGUCAAGUACGGAUGUACUUUGUGGACGUCGUCCGCUCCACACGUAUGGUCGUGACACGGACAUUCCCAGUGGCCUGCGCGGUACGUCCAACACCCCCCUGCUGCCUCCACCCGCCCUCCUGCUUUUAUCCUGAUGCCCAAUUCUGCAAAUGUUUGCACAAGUAGUGUAAAGAUGAGAGGAAAAGUCAAGUAAGGAUGGAGGUCAAUUUGUGCAACGCUGACUCAAAGAGUCAGGUGGUGACACCAGCAGACAAACACCUGUGAGACGAGAGCUGCGCUAAUAAACCCGAGAGAAGGCGUCAACUUCACCCGAACAAAGCUCGAGGAGACAGACAUGGGUCAGGGAGAGGCAUCCGCACGAGGGACAACCAUGACGGGCGACUGUAUAAGCUGCAUCAAGUACCUCAUGUUUUUCUUCAACUCCAUCAUAUCUCUGGUGGGUGCUCUCUUUCUCGCCGCUACCGUGUGGGUCUUAUUGGACACUUCAGGACUCAAACAUGUCAUUAUGAUCAACCCCCUGCUGAACCCUACCAUUUAUGGCUUCCUGAUCUUGGGAGGCGUGCUCUUCCUUCUGGGCAUCGUGGGAUGCACCGGGGCCGCCCGUGAAAACAAGUUUUUGCUCAUGGUUUCGUUCACAGUCGUCCUCUUGAUUUUUGUGUUGGAGCUGGUUUGUGCCAUCUUGCUCUACAAAAACCUUGGGAAACUCUACAAGGACUUCUUUGCAAAAGAACUUAAAGAAAACUAUGGAGGAGAAAAUGUACUAUUUAGCAACGAAUGGGAUGACAUCAUGCGCGACUUCAAAUGCUGUGGAGUAAAGGAGUACAAAGAUUUUAUGGAAGAGAAGUGGCCACCAGUCUGCUGCCCGUUCAACAAAAUUCAUAAGAAUUGCACAAAAGACGAGAUCUUCCAAAAGGGUUGUUACGAUGUACUCUUCCACCGCUACGACAAAUACAUCUAUUCAAUUGCAGGCUUUUCCGUGAUAUUACUGUGCACUGAGAUCUUUGCCAUGUUCCUCUCUCUGAUGCUCUACCAGACCCUGCAGUAGGAUGAGGUUUGGGGCUUUGAAGAGCAAAAAAGGGAACUUGGGUGGAAGAUGAUAAUGGACACGUGUAAUUUAAUGAUCUUAUUUAAAGAAUAAAUUCUUCAACUCUUGUACUUCACAGCUGGACUUUUGAGGUAACAAAGUACACAGCCGCUUGUACAGAUUGUGUGUUUAGUGGAAACGUGGACCAGGUCUUGCACAGACCGGGGUCAAGUAGACCGUACAUGAGGACCAGAAGGCACUGCACUGACUUUUGGAUGAAGACUAUUUAUAUGAAGUCAAAGUUGUUUGGUGUAUAUUUGAUGGCUGUUCCCCUUCCCCUUUAAUAUUGUACAUUGUUGCAUUCCCACAGCCACUUAGUGAUAAUAUACAAGCUCUGUUGAUGUCACCUGGCCAGCUGCUCAGCGUCAACGUUGUAUCUUGCUGACGUUCACUGCAGUACGCGUGUCGUGACUAGCUGGGGUUUUAGCUGUUGUGUAUGCAUUUGUAUCAGAUCUUGUAAAUAAAUGCUAUUCUGAA